AUGAACUCAAGGACGCACUUGGGAGCACCCAUGAUCCGAAGAUCUCUACGCUGGGCCUGGCUAUGGGCGUGUGUGUGGGCGUGGGUAGUGUGCGGAACGGGCGGCGAGUGUCCGAAGCCGUGCCAGUGCAAAUGGCGAGACGGCAAGGAGACGGUGUCUUGCCCCGACGCAGAGUUCAUCGACAUCCCGCGCGGCCUGGAUCCCUCGACGCAGGUGCUCGACCUCAAGCAGAACAACCUGCAGAUCCUGCCGCGAGACGCCUUCGUCGACACGGGCCUCGUCAACCUGCAGAAGGUGUGGCUCAACUUCUGCAACCUGAAGCACAUGGACAGCGGGGCGUUCAACAAGCUGGCCAACUUGGUGGAGCUUGAUCUGAGCCACAACCUCCUGCGCGCCGUUCCUUCUGAGGCCCUCAAGGAUGUGCCUGGACUAAGGGAUCUGAGACUCGCCUACAAUAAUUUAGAGACUCUGUUAGAUGCGGCUUUUACUCCAACGCCAGACCUCGUCCGUCUGGACCUCUCUUUCAACCUCAUCGCCAGUGCUAAUGAACGUGCUUUCCGUGGCCUUACUCGUCUAGAAGUGCUGAAGCUGUCUGGUAAUAAAUUCACCACGUUGCACGCCAGCGUCGUCUUGCCUUUAGUUGCAAUCCACGAGCUGCAUUUGGACGGCAAUCCGUGGCACUGCGAUUGCGCCCUCCGGCCUCUACGGGAGUGGAUGGUCGAGCGGAAUGUUGCCUUCUCAGAGCCGCCCUCCUGCCAGAGGCCGAAGCGCCUGCAAGACCAUCACUGGCAGACUCUCACCCUUGACGAAUUCGUGUGCGUUCCGAAGGUCACCGCCGUCGCCCCUCGGGUGCUGGCUGCCCACGGGGAGAACGUGUCCCUCGCCUGCCGCGUCGAAACAGACAUUGAUGCCGCCGUGACCUGGCUGCUCGGCAACCGUCCGCUCCAGAACGGGAGUGACUCUCAGCGCUACCGGGUGCUAGAACUCGUAUCGCCGAACCACGCAACUCGCUUUUCGAAUCUCACCAUCGCUGGCGCCGCCCCUCGGGACCAAGGAACAUACCGCUGCGUGGCCGAGAACAAAGCGGGUGUCGUCGAAACCAACCUCACCCUGCAGGUGUCCAACGAGAUCGCUGAAGUCCGGCUGGUGACGAUGGACCGAGUCUUCGUGACCGGAGGACUUCUGAGCGUCGUCGCCGUGAUGGUGUUUAUCCUGUUCCUCCUCGUCGUUCUCCUAUUCCGCAGGCGACAGCGCGGGCGACGAAGAGGUCCAGAAACGGAGAACAAGACGGAGACGCCACAGUCUUCUCAAGGGCACGCCAGUAACUCGAGCGAAUCUCACCCAAAACUCGCUGACUACCACAUCGUCCCCACCAACGACAUCGACGAGCCCUCGCCGUUGCCCACUCACUCUGACAAGUCAUGGAUGCUGAGAGACGCGUCCGUCGACGACUUCCCUUCGACCAAAGAGCUGGAGAAGUCCAACCUCUACGCCGAGUCGGACCAAAGAAGGCUACAGAAGCCUCUGCCAGACCGAAACGGGAAGCAGACCUCGCCCAGCACAGUGUCCUACGUCGAGAUCCCGAAGUCGGAGCUGGCUGUCACGCAGGACGGCGGAGUAGAAGACCGCUUGCACUGGAAAGAGCAAGGCUUCGACAGCAAAGAGGGUUUGCUGCGGAAGGGGUGCAGCCAAAUGGGGUCCCAGUUGUCCAUGGGCAGCGGUGGUCACUACCCGGACCUACUAGACUUGCCAUAUACACAGCAGCAGUUGCAACACCUUCAAGGCCAGAAGGAGAGAGGAUCGCCAUUACAGUUAUUAAACUCUGCCUAUGGCACCAUUUCUAGGAAUCCCCGUGGCGGGUACGGCGGGAUGCUCACCUCGUCUACGGUGGAGGACCAUCCCUACGCCGAGUCAUCCUUCACGCUGCCUGCAUCAGACCGUUACAGGUCUGCGAGCGCCCUCAACCUAGCCUUGGGCGAGGCCAGCAGCCCAGACUACAGCCACCGGCCUCCCGUGCGACACCAGCUCUCCCUCCCAGAUUCCUCGCCCAUCUUACACGCCCACGAACGAACGCUGAGAAACCUCAUGGCUGCACACAGCAAAUUGGAAGUAGCCGAAGUCUACACAUAA